AGACAUACUCAUCCCGCAUACAGCGAUCUGGAACAGACAUACUCAUCCCGCACACAGCGAUCUAGGACAGACAUACUCACAGCGCUGCCAAUAUUGAGAAAGGCUUAAAAAAAAGUCACGGUAUAAAAAACUGUAGAAUUCAAUAGGGAAGUGGAGGCAUAAUUGACUAAGCACUGUUGUAAAGCUAAGAGUUGAAGAACUUGGAGUUAAAAGAGGGCAAUUCAUUAUUAUCACCAAUUGGCAUAAAUGUUUUAUGAUGCCUAUACAAUGGAUCAAUGUCAACACAGGAGUCAGGAGAUGACCAAUAAUCAGUGAAACCAAAAGAGGACAUGGAUCUGUGUAUUCUGGGUUGCCGCAAAGACUUCUGCAUCCGCAGUGCAGUGCAGUAUAGUGCGUGUGUGCGUGCGUGCGUGUGUGUGUGUGUGUGUGUGUGUGUGUGUGUGUGUGUGUGUACGGUCGACGUCACUUCGCUACAGUCUGCGGAGAAGCCUGAGAGCAAGCGAGCAGUAGCUUACUUCCUCGAUCGACGGAAUCACAGACGAGAAACUGAAGGGAAGACACGAACAAGAAAACUCACGAAACAAGAAAUAAUCCACACGUUUGCAAGACGAGGUGGCCCAGUGACACAUCACCAUGGCGCCCUUCUUGCGGAUUGCCUUCAACUCCUACGACCUGGGUGUGCUGUCUCCACUGGCCCCUUCUGAUCCCCCCUUCUGUGCCAUCAAGAUGAAGGAGGCCCUCACCACCGAGCGUGGUAAGACCCUGGUUCAGAGGAAGCCCACCAUGUUCCCAGCCUGGAAGGCCAGCUUCGACGCCCACAUCUACGAGGGGCGUGUCCUGCAGGUGCUGCUGAUGAAGACUGCCGAGGAGCCAUUGGCUGAGGUCACAGUGGGCGUGUCCGUCCUCGCCGAGCGCUGCAAAAAGGGCAACGGCCGUGCUGAAUUUUGGGUGGACCUACAGCCCUCAGGGAAGGUGAUGAUGGCAGUGCAGUUCUUCUUGGAGGGAGCAACUGAUACAGAGGGCAAGCUGCCCACGAAGGAGGAGGAAGGGGGGCCCACCAUAAACCGCAGACGAGGAGCCAUCAAACAGGCCAAGAUCCACGAGGUCAAAUGUCACGAGUUCAUCGCCACCUUCUUCAGACAGCCCACCUUCUGCUCCGUCUGCAGAGAGUUUGUCUGGGGCCUCAACAAGCAAGGCUACAAGUGCAGACAAUGCAAUGCAGCCAUCCACAAGAAAUGCAUCGACAAGAUCAUUGGCAGGUGUACGGGCACGGCCGCCAACAGCCGGGACACUGUGUUCCAGAAGGAGCGCUUUAAGAUUGACAUGCCACACCGCUUCAAGAACCACAACUACAUGAGUCCUACCUUCUGUGACCACUGUGGCAGUCUGCUGUGGGGCCUGGUCAAACAGGGCCUCAAGUGUGAAGAUUGUGCCAUGAAUGUGCAUCAUAAGUGUCAGGAUAAAGUGGCCAACCUUUGUGGAAUCAACCAGAAACUACUAGCUGAAGCACUUACUCAAGUCAGCCAGAAAUCCUCCUCUCGGCGCUCAGACCCAACCCUACCUGACCCAGAUAUAGGGGUCUAUGAGGAAGUCAUUAGGAACUCCAUUGGUGGUCUGGAUGACGGCCCCUCCUAUGCCAGGCUGUGGGAGGGCUCAAGCCCUCACCCCCCAUCUCGCCUCACCCACCUGACACGCAUCAACGUAGACAACUUUGUUUUUCACAAGGUCCUGGGCAAGGGCAGCUUUGGCAAGGUCCUGCUGGCAGAGUUGAAAGGUCAGGGGGAGUGGUUUGCGGUGAAGGCUCUGAAGAAAGAUGUGGUUCUGAUGGAUGAUGAUGUGGAGUGUACCAUGGUGGAGAAGAGAGUCCUGGCCCUGGCCUGGGACAACCCCUUCCUCACACACCUCUACUCCACCUUCCAGUCCAAGGAACACUUGUUCUUUGUCAUGGAGUAUCUGAAUGGAGGAGACCUGAUGUUCCAUAUUCAGGAGAAGGGACGCUUUGACCUCUACAGGGCAACGUUCUACUCUGCUGAGAUCAUCUGUGGCCUUCAGUUUCUGCACUCCAAAGGGAUAAUUUACAGAGACCUGAAGUUGGACAAUGUGAUGUUGGAUCAUAGUGGUCACGUAAAGAUAGCAGACUUUGGCAUGUGUAAGGAGAACGUGUUUGGGGAGAACCAGGCUACAACCUUCUGUGGGACUCCUGACUACAUCGCUCCAGAGAUCCUGCUGGGUCAGAAGUACUCCUUCUCUGUGGACUGGUGGUCGUUUGGAGUGCUGCUAUACGAGAUGCUGAUUGGCCAGUCCCCCUUCCAUGGUGAUGAUGAGGACGAGCUGUUUGAGUCUAUCCGUACAGACACGCCCCACUACCCUCGCUGGAUCACCAAGGAGGCCAAGGACCUGAUGGAGAGGCUGUUUGAGAGAGACUCCACUCGCAGGCUAGGCAUCGUGGGUAACAUCCGUGUUCACCCCUUCUUCAAAACCAUCAGCUGGUCUGCCCUCGAGAAAAGGGAGGUGGAACCCCCCUUCAGACCCAAAGUGAAAGCCCCAAAUGACUGCAGCAACUUUGACAGGGAGUUCCUCAGUGAGAAGCCCCGCCUCUCCCAUGGUGACAAGAACUUCAUGGAUUCCAUGGACCAAUCAGCUUUCGCCGGCUUCUCCUUCAUCAACCCAGAGAUGGAGCACCUCUUGGAAAAGUGACGGAGGGGUCUCUCAGCCAAUCCCCAUGCUCUUAGUUCUCAGUGACAUCACUGGGGUCAUAGGGGAAAGGUGAAGCCAGGAUUACAUUACUACUGUUUUAGGGUCACUUUGUCAAGGUGUCCUCAUUCAUGUGAUCAAACCUUCAACUUGAGUGAGCUGUUCUACGUUCAGUAUUUGUGACUGUAAUAGAAACACAAGUUUCCUCUUCGGGUACUUACUUAGUGAAAUGAUAAGAGUUAAACUUAAACAGGAAUUGGCCUCUGUUGUACAGAUAGGUGUUAUUGUGUGCAUGCUAGAGUGUCCAGGUGUACUAGGGGCCUUAUAUUUUAAUGGUCGUGUGUGUGUGUGUGUGUGUGUGUGUGUGUGUGUGUGUGUGUGUGUGUGUGUGGUGUGUGUGUGUGUGUGUGAGGAAAUGGAAAUGUCAAUGCAGAGGGUUUUGUGUGAAUGAGCUGUUUGCAUGCAUAAAGACCUCAUACCAACACCAACCACCUCUCAAUCUCAACAACCUCUGAAUGUGUGUCACGUACUCUUGAAAGAUUAACUGAAUCAAAGUUCAGUUUGUCACUGCAUGGGGAGCCCUUGCAUCUACUAGACAAGUACGAGGGAGUUGUGGUCUGUGUUUGCCAUAACAAGACCAAGUUCAGACUGAGCAACUACAGGUAUCCCUGCCAUUCCAUGUAGCAUCAUCUGGGACAGGGACAGAUUUGGUGUAAGUGAAUAAGUGCUUAUCGUGUAUGAUGCUAUAUGAAUGUCUUUAUUUGAGUGGUACUUAGUGAGAUUCUGUAUAUAGAUCUAUAUGUAUAUUGUUGUUGCGUAUAUUAUUGGUGCGCUAAGGAUUAGCUUUUUUUACUGUCUCCAUUUUACAUCUUAAUAAAAAAUCAUCAACUCCCAGUG